UAUAGAGGUGGCGCGGCGGCUGGCUGUCGUCAGAUCCCUUGUACCGGCGCUAGCUGGCGGUUGGUUCACGUCUCGCAGUGAUCCAAGAGCGUGUCUUUGAGUCGUGCGCCCAGAGUGUCCCGCGCACCGCGUGCCAAGCCCUUCUGAACGGAAUAUCAGCCCGUCCGGCUUAACAUGGCACCCAACAUCACCAACGCGCCCACGGGCGUCUUGUUCGAGGACGACGAUAUGCCCUCCACCCAGGGCAUGAAGGCUGGGAAGGCGAUGGAUGUCCACGUCCCCCAGGCCUGUGACCCCAACCACAAGAUCCGCAUCGUGUGGAGGAACGUAGCCAUCUUCGUCUACAUGCACCUGGCCGCCGUUUACGGCGGUUACCUCCUCCUCACCUCCGCCAUGUGGCCCACCAUUGCUUUCGCUAUUGUCAUGUACUGGGCCGGAGGCCUGGGUAUCACCGCUGGCGCCCACCGACUCUGGGCCCACAAGGCGUACAAGGCUAACGUUCCUCUGCGCAUUCUGCUUACCAUCUUCAACACCAUCGCCUUCCAGAACCACGUUAUCGAAUGGUCCCGCGACCACCGCGUGCACCACAAGUACACCGAGACCGACGCCGACCCCCACAACCUGAACCGCGGCGUGUUCUUCGCGCACAUGGGCUGGCUGUUGUGCCGCAAGCACCCUGACGUCAUCAACAAGGGCAAGGGCAUCGACAUGUCCGACCUCGAGAGCGACCCCAUCCUGGCAUUCCAAAAGAAGUACUACCUCAUCUUGAUGCCCGUGAUCUGCUUCAUCAUUCCCACAAUGAUCCCUAUGUACUUCUGGAACGAGACCUUCCUCAACUCCUGGUUCGUUGCCACCAUGUUCCGCUACGUGUUCACCCUGAACAUGACCUGGCUGGUGAACAGUGCCGCCCACAAGUGGGGAAACCGACCUUACGAUGAGUCUAUUGCUCCCUCUGAGAACCUAGCCGUGUCCAUCGGUGCUAUGGGUGAGGGCUGGCACAACUACCACCACGUCUUCCCCUGGGACUACAAGGCGGCCGAGCUCGGCAACUACAAGGGCAACUUCACCACCGCCUUCAUCGACUUCAUGGCCAGGAUUGGCUGGGCGUACGACCUAAAGACCGUCCCCGCCGCUAUGGUCAAGACCCGCGUGGAGAGGACCGGUGACGGUUCCCACGAAGUGUGGGGCUGGGGUGACAAGGACAUGAGCAAAGAGGACUACAACAUGGCCACCAUUAUCAACAAGAAGUCUUCAUAAUCUGUCUGAACCUCAUCAGGCAUUUUCUUUGUACAUAUGUAAAUGAGUGUAUGUUGUAUACAUGUGUGAAUGAAUGUGUGUGAGUACCCGGUGCCACUUUAAUUUGCAGCUAUGAAAAGAAAAUUGUCUGUACAACGUUUAGGACAACUUGGGUUCUAGUAGAUAGCACCUUACGUAGAGUUUAUUUAUUCACUUAAUUCAAUCGAAAUCGGGUCAUAUAUUAUGUAUAACUAUUACAAAAUUGGAAUCUUAGUUUUCUUUAAAAGUUUAGCUCACCCAGUGCUAUAUGGCAUAGUCGUCCCGUUCUCUUUACGAACAACAGCAAUACUUUUCUCCUUUGCAAAGUAAUGUCCAGAAAAGCCUGUUUCAUCAAUGAAUUUUUAAUUUAGAGAUUUUUAGGUAAAUAUGAUGAGAUGAAAAAAAAGGAAAAAUUGUUUUGUGUGAAAGAGACAGGUUUUCUCCUGAGACAUAACUUUUACUGUGAUAUUUAGUAGCUUAUUGAACGUUGUUUGGUCUGCAACUUAUAGUGGAGCACCAGCUUUUAAUAUUUUAGUUUUAAGUAGAGAUAGCAUAUUACAUUCAUCAUAAUCUUGUAAUUAUGAUUUUUUUUUAAUGUCUCAGUUUUUCCUCAUUUAAAUUUCAAUUCUUUUUUUGAAAUUUUUCUUGUUUGAUGAUUUCGAGGCUUUUUUCUGAAUUUUUGGCCAAUGUGAGGGAAAAAGCAGGCUGAUUCGAUGUUGCAUUGAUGAAAAUACAUCCAAUGGUCAAGCAAAAAUCAAUCCAACAUCGAAUCCAAGUCUUUUCGUUAAGUUUCACUGUGCACUUGGUAGUUACAGGCUUGUUAUGGGUACUACCACCCCAAGGAACUGAUGAAGGCUUGAACUGCAAAGCAAUAACAUGACUAAAAUCAUUGGGGCUGUGUACCAAACCUUGUACAUGCAAGGCAAAAGUAGAUUGUAGUACUGAAUUCUUGUCCAAAGAUUUCCUCACAGUCAUGAAUAUAUGAAUUCCUGUGAGGACUUUAACAGAAGUAAUUCACCUGUAUAUUUCAACAACUUAAGUUAUGUGGAUAUCAAUUUGAUCGGGUACAAACUUGGAGCUUAACUUGUAUAAAGUAAAACUUACCAGGUGGGGAUUCUGGUUGGGUGGUUGGGAAACUUCAAUUACAGUGCCAGUCAAUAGAAGGUGGUUUCACUUACCCAUUGGUUGUGAUAAUGCAGCGUCGAGUGAUAAAUUAUGACGUUAUGUGAACAAAUGAAUCUAGUAAUAUAGUUAAUUGUUUAUUUGAAACAAGUCCAUCUUAAUGAACUUGAUUUCUAGGAGAUGUGUUUAAUUUAUUAAAUGAAUAAAA